CUAGAAAGCGUGAAAAUUAUUAACAAAACCUCACGUAAAAUUAUUAAAAAUUGCAGUCACAGGUGUGGAUUUUUCCAUCUAAUGUAACAAAAGCCUACGACUUUUGUACCAAUUCUCUGUGAUUGUUUUUAAACGGUGGCGACACCUUCGGUCGGUAAAACCAACCUACCGCCCUGCAGUAAAAAUGUCACGCUCGCAAUAACAACACACUUACGACAGCGGAAGUGCAAUCAGCCCCCUUCUGCUCGUCGUCAAGUUGUGUAAUUUGUUUAUUUACAAACAAAACUGAUCGUGUGCUUGUGCGCAAAAAUGGAAGACGAAGUUCUCGUAAGUUCGCCUUUAAUUCCUGAAAAGUCGAAGAAACGCUACGAAUCGGCCUAUAAAUUUUUCAAAGAUUGGUGUUUCGCGAAAGACAACGGCCCCAUUUCGGAGGCGUUGCUUUUGGCGUACUUUCAGGAAAAACGUGCAAUUCUGAAAUCGCCGUCGAGUCUGUGGUGCGAGUAUUCCAUGCUGAAAACAACGAUUUUUGUCAAUGAAAAUAUUGAUAUUUCCAAGUUUGUCAAACUUAGAGCUUUCCUGAAGCGACAAAACGCCGGAUACAAACCCAAAAAAUCAAACACUUUCAGCAGGGAACGAAUCAACCAGUUCCUCGAAGAGGCUCCAGACGAGAAAUAUCUUCUCAUGAAGGUUGUGAUGUUGAUGGGAAUCACCGGAGCGUGCCGCAGCCAUGAACUGUGCGCCAUGAAGUUGGAAAACGUGAAAGAAACCGGCGAUUUAUUCAUCGUCACAAUCCCCGAUUCGAAAUCGGGGAUGUCCCGAAUGUUCAUAAUCACGGAACAUUUGGCGAAAGUGAAACGCUACAUCGAGUUGCGUUCGAAACUGACAAUCGAAAGUCCCCGAUUUUUCAUGCGGUAUCAAGACGGCCGCUGUUUCAACCAACCAGUUGGUCGAAACACCUUCAUUGAAAUACCGUGUCGUAUCGCAAAGUAUUUGAAUCUGGAAAAUCCGGAGAGUUACACCGGACGCGCGUUCCGGCGGACUUCGACAAUGCUCGCCGCGAACGCGAGUUUCCCCGAGAGUUUUGUGGGGGUUCCCCCGCGUAGUCAGAUCCAGCAGGUUGAUGUUCCGAUGAUUGUCAAGGAUGAGGUGAUGAGUGAUAAUGAGGCUUCGAGUGUUGAGGAUAACGCGAGCGAAGCGAGUUGCGCGCCGAAUCGGGUUUCGUACAAUAUUAAUGAUAAUGAAGUUGUUGGUUUGUCGACGAGUCGGUGCAAAGACGAAAUUGUUAUCAAUGGAAGUGAGUUUUCUAGUUCCGCCGAUCAAAAUAUUAAUAUCACCAAAACGGAUCAAGCCAGCGGGGGGAAACCCUCGUUUGUUAUCAAUGUGAGUAAUUGUAGCAAUUGUAAUCUCACCAUAAAUAUAAAUUAUUAAUUUAUUGA